CUGCCUCUCCUACCUUGGUUAUCCGCAUGCUUCCCCAAUAAAAUAUCAUAUUUUCAGGAAAAACGUGGCCAACGACGAAAGGAAGGGGCACUACGCAUACUUAGUAGCCUAAAUUCGAUUCUGGAAGAUGCUGCCUCUACAGCUUCAGGAUCAUUUGAACUGGAAGGUAACCCAAUUGAUGAUUUGUGGAAGUACGAUGAGUUAGAUCUCUACGAAGUGCGCCCACCUAGGAAAUUUCCACAACGGGCAACUGCUCUCUAUCACGACGACGAAAGCAUGAAUAGUUAUGGCACCAUUAGCAGUCGUGAACUAAUGGAAGAGUUCCAGAAAGCAAAGGAGGACAACCUUGUCGCCUCCCUGUCGGGUCUUGACGACAAUCGACCUGCAUGUAUAAAUGACAGCUACCUUUACACUGAUCUAGUCUAUGUCUCAUCGCCUCAUAAAAUAUAA